UUUAGACCCGCCAGAUGCUGCCCCAAGAGGGAACGGGUGAAGACGCCAGCAGGGCACGGGGGCUAUGGGGCAGGGGCUUGGCGCAAGGUCUCUGGCCUCUGCACUAUGAGCGCUCCAAGCCAGAGGGAGCAGGACCAGCUGGGUGCGGGUUGGGGGCGCCGAGUUGGCUGAGCCAGGCUGCGGCAACAGGGUGGGAGAGGCCCAGGACUCAGAGCCCCCUCAGACCCCCAGGCAGCACUCAGGCCUUGACCUCAGCUGACCCUGAUAGCCCAUGAGGAGCGCAGGGUCUAAUUUUAGCUCCAGCUGCUGGACCCACAGCCAGGAGUGCCUGUCAGCCGGCACAGGGGUGGCCAGGACAGCUCAGGGGCUGCUCAGGCAUGGGGAAGAUUAGGAAGACCAGCCCUGCUUCCAUCCAGCCCUGCACCCUGGUCAAGCUGCCUCCUGGGGGAGCCUGUCAGGUCCCCCAUGGCCUGGCAGAUGAUCCUUCUCUCUGUUGAGGCCAAGGUCAGGGGGUGCAGACAGAAGGGUGGAAGGACACAGCCUUGCACUCUGGACAGAGGUUGUUGCAUCAGCCUGAGCAGUGCCCAAGGGCAGGGGGCCCUGCUGGGAGGACAAAGGGCUCACUUGGUUGUCCAGAGGCCAAGGAAGCAGCGUCCUGACCUCAGGAAGGCCAGGCCAGAAAGCUGGGUCCUACCUGGCCUCUGUGUGCCUGGCCAGUGACUCGCCGUUUGACCUCACACAGGCAGCCUGCUCUCGUGGGCCUCAGUCUUCUCAUCUGUACAAUGAGGGCACUGAACUAGAAGGCUGGUUCCGGCUCGAGCAUCCACCCUUGGCCCUGCUCCUCCUGCUUCCCCCAGCGCUGGCUGCAGGUGGCCACAUGCAGUCGUGGAGAAGAAACUCCCUCUGGCUGGCAUUGCUGGCCUCCUGGCUCCUCAUCCUCCUGGGAGGCUCCCCUUUUCUCCGCCUGGCAGUGCCCACCAGACCUUGGGCAGGAGCCCCCCAAGGCUGGCCCCGCUGGCUGGAUGCAGAGCUCCUGCAGAGUUUCUCCCAGCCUGGGGAGCUCCUGGAAGAUGCCCCUCAACCUCCUCAAGCCCCCCAUGGUGGCAGCUGCAAUUGGGGGACUUGCUUUGAUGCUUCGAAGUGCAGGGGUGGUGGCCUCAAAGUGUCCAUGUACCCUGCUGCCGGGACUCUGUCUGACACUCACCGCAGGAUCCUGGCUUCCAUCGAGAGCUCCCACUACCACACAGGCAGCCCCGCUGAUGCCUGCCUCCUCCUCCUCCUGGACAGCCCAGCUGGGAGGUGCAGCCAAGUGCCCCCUCAAUGGAAUGGGGGCAGGAACCAUCUGGUCCUCAGCCUCCACCCAGCCCCCUGCCCCUGGCCCUUCCAGCUGGGACAGGCCAUGGUGGCCGAGGCCAGCCCCACCGUGGACACCUUCAGAGCAGGCUUUGACGUGGCCCUGCCGCUUCUCCCUGAAGCCCACCCAUUGAGAGGUGGGGCACCUGGCCAGCUGAGGCAGCACAGCCCCCACCCCGGGGUGGCCCUGCUAGCCCUGGCAGAGGAGAGGGGCAGGUGGCGCACAGCAGGCACCAACUUCUCUGGCUGCCCCUGGGAUGGGAGCUGUGAGCGGGACCGCGGACCUGAGCAGACUCACCCUGGGGCAAUGCUACCCAAUGCCACCUUCUGCCUCAUUCCUGGCCUCCGUCCUGAUGCCUUGCACUUCCUCCAAGCCCUGCAGCAGCAGCUGCCAACUCGGAACUGGGAGGGGGGUGAGUGUUUGCAUGGUGGGACUGGGCUUCCCAGUGACCCCCUUACCCCCCAGGCUGGCUGCAUCCCUGUGCUUCUCAGCCCUCGAUGGGAGCUGCCCUUCUCCGAGGUCAUCGACUGGACCAAGGCGGCCAUUGUCACUGAUGAGAGGCUCCCACUUCAGGUCCUGGCUGCCCUCCAGGAGAUGCCCCUAACACGCGUCCUUGCCCUCCGUCAGCAGACCCAGUUUCUGUGGGAUGCCUACUUCUCCUCAGUGGAGAAAGUCAUCCAUACCACUCUGGAGAUUAUUCAGGACCGCAUCUUUGGAGCACCUGCUCACCCCUCGCUACUGUGGAACAGCCCCCCAGGGGCACUCCUGGCCCUGCCCACUUUUUCUACAAGCCCCUCGGACUUCCCCUUCUACCACCUACAACAGGGCUCUCGCCCUGUGGGCAGGUUCAGCGCCCUGAUCUGGGUGGGGGCCCCAGGCCAGCCCCCUCUGAAGCUCAUCCAGGCGGUGGCAGGCUCCCAGCACUGUGCCCAGAUCUUGAUUCUCUGGAGCAAUGAGAAGCCACCCCCUCCCAGGUGGCCCAAGACAGCAGUGCCUUUGACAGUCAUCGAUGGGCACAGGAAGGUCAGUGACCGCUUCUUCCCAUACAGUGCCAUCAGUACUGAUGCUAUCCUCAGCCUCGAUGCCCACAGCAGUCUUUCCACAAAUGAGGUGGACUUUGGUUUUGCGGUGUGGCAGAGCUUCCCAGAGCGGAUGGUGGGCUUUCUGGCAUGCAGCCAUUUCUGGGAUGAGGCCCAGGGUGGCUGGGGCUACACCACCCAGAGGGCCAACAAGUUCUCCAUGGUUCUCACCUCGGCUGCCUUCUACCACAGGUAUUACCACACCCUAUUCACCUACUCCCUGCCCAAGGCUCUGAGGACCCUGGCAGAUGAGGCACCCAGCUGUGCAGACGUCCUGAUGAACUUCCUAGUAUCAGCAGUCACCAAGCUGCCUCCUAUCAAGGUGCCCUAUGGGAAGUGGCAUCAGGAUGCCAGGCUCCCGCUGGUGAGGACUGACUGGGAGAGGACACUGGCUGGGGAAGGGACACCCUUUCACUGUCUAAUCCAAACCCUUUGUGCUGCAGGAGGGCAGGGGAGAUGUGUGGGUUCUGAAGGACAGAGAAGCCCUCUAUUUCUCCUCCCUCUCUUAGGCACCUGGAGGCCCAGGGUCCAGGCCAGAGCUGCAGCGCUUUGCACCGGACUGCAUCAACCAGACGGCAGUAGGGUUCGGCCACAUGCCCCUGGUGUCAUCUCACCUCCGUCUGGACCCAGUGCUCUUCAAGGACCCCGUGUCUGUGCUGCGCAAGAAGUAUCGAAGCCUGGAGAAGCCCUAGAUGGGACCAAGUGAGACCCCUGCCUGCUCCCAGGGACUGCUGCCCCUGCUUGGGGUAGGGGAAGAGAGGCUCAGCUAUCUCCCCAUCCCCCAGCCCCGCUGCCAGUAGCAAUUCCCAGGGAUUCCGUGGCCGUGCCUCUGCUGCCGCUGACCCCUUUGCCUGGAAUGCCCUUCUCGGCUCCUCUGCCGAGCUGACUUCUACUUGUCUCUCAGAUCCUCGCCUCCUGCACGGACUUGCCAUCCCCACCCCAUCCUCUGCGCUUGCACAGCCGGUGUUUCCCGCAGACCUGACAGUCCAUGCUGCCUGGCCAGGUACAUCAUCAGGCCCCAUGAAUGGCCUGGGCGCUCCAGGA